ACGAUUGAAACUUUAAAUGUAAGGAUCAAAGUUGGAGAGGAAAUUGUUUUAAAUACAUCACAGAAUACGUUAAGUCUGAACUGCGUCAAAUUUGCAAUAAUUAAUAUUGUCUUUGUUGUUUGAUUGAAGAAUGCUUGGUUUCACGCGCAUGGACCUAUUAUUAUUCUUAGGGAUUUUAUGUUUUGCAAAUGGACAGACAGUGCGGAUAUCAGCAGAAUUUCUAAAUGGAAGGCUGAUAUUUAAAUGGAGCAAUAUCUCGACAAUUCCUAACGAUAUAGUCAUUACAAAGAAUUCUAAAUCCACUGACUGGAUACGGGUUGAUGAUGACCAAUACACAGUGGAGGAUGUACUACAGUAUAAGUCAGUCAAGAUUCAAGUACGGGAAUUUAACAACGCAGACUUCAGCAAAGGUUACCUAGACUACGUCAAGACUUACAACAUUGCAGUAAAUACAGUACAUUCUAUGGAAGGAGAAUCAAAAAACAUUUCAAUGACUGCUGAUUAUUUUCCGAGAAGUGGAUUUUACUUUAUAUUUCAUGAGUAUAACGGUUCAGUAUCAGCUAUAAUACAGAUAGGUAAUGUCAUUCAAAUGAAGACUAAAAAAUAUAUAUACCAUAGCCGACCUUUCAAUUCUGUAAACAUACUGUUUGAAGUGAGAAAUAUAACAUUGGAAGAUGCUGGAUAUUAUUUUGGAAGUCCUUCACAGAUAAGAGAUACCGUUUGGAGAAAUUCUUGGACAGAAAGAGGAGUUGUUCUCACUGUUUCUGGAAAGCCAUUGAAACCUAUGAUGACAGGAAACAGUAAUGUAAAGGUGGGGCAUACCGCCUUCUGGAAAUGUGAAAGUAGAUCUACGUCUGCUCCGUCCUAUUACAAGAAGUUCCCGCCAUUAUCGUAUUCAUGGUUUGUCAACAACACCAGACUAGAAAGAGAGGUCAGAGAGACUUACAGUUUUGUAGUCACCAAAGAAAUUAAAUACAACCGAUAUAGCUGUCAGGCAAAAGAGAAUCUAGAAUCAGAAAGAAGUCAGGAAACUCGAAUAAAACCCUUAC